AUGAUCAGAACUGGUUCAGAAAGUGAUUUCUUUGGUGUGCAGCAAUACUGUAACUAUCCAGAAGUUUCGAAAAAUUUCAAAACCUGUUUACUGUCGGAUGAAGAAGAUCAGAGCUUUGACAGUUCGAGUGGGCUUCCAAGUUGCACUUUGGAUGUUUCUGACACCCAAAGUCAACAGAGAGUGUCUCGUACUCGAGAUGUUUCUCCCUCGCUUGGGAACUUUCUCAAACUGUCCCUAACAUCGGAAGAGGAUGAAGAUACAACAGAUGUUGAGGACGAUUCACAUGAUUCCAUAGAGCAGAUCUCCAACAAAGAAGAAAAUGUUGAUGAAGAAUAUCAGCCGAUGGGUCAAAAGUAUUUUGGAGACAAAACAAAUUUAGACCCAGAAGGAUGGAUUAAGUAUGCUUCGGAUUCAGAUCCUUGGAAUGAAAAUUUGUAUUCACAAUUUGCUGAUGAAAAUGGUGCUUUACGAUAUGGUAUUUUAACACUUGAGGAGAUUUCUAAGCGCUCAAGCAAUCUUAUUCAACUUCCUGACAACAAAGCAUUUGUUUUCUCCAGACUUCAUAUAGAUAAAAUGGACCUAGAAGACAUAUCUGUCAUGUCAAACUGCAGAUACUUUCUCUACAUUGACAUGUCUCAUAAUUUAAUCAGUGACCUCAACGGAUUAAAUCAUUGUAACUAUCUUAUGUAUCUGAAUGCAUCUCACAACAAGAUCAAGAAAGUGCUGGAUUUUCAACCCCCUUGGUUCUUAACUCAUGUAAAUCUUUGCUGUAAUGAGAUUAAGGAAAUCGGAACGGGAAAUAUUGCUGCCUUUUGGUCUCUGAAACAUCUUGAUCUUUCAUAUAAUUUAAUUGAGAAAAUUGAAGGACUAGAGGGCUUGAGAUACUUGAAGCACCUCAACCUAUCCCACAACUACAUUCAACAAGUGGAAAAUCUCCACUGCCCCAGUCUGCAAGAGCUAAACCUGUCUUAUAACAGAAUAACAGAUAUUGACAAUGAAGACAAAUGUAUGGGAAGUUUGGAAAAUCUGAGAGAACUCGAUCUGGCUCACAACAAUUUGACAUCAUUACAUAAUUUGGAGAACUUAAAGUCUUUAAAGAGCCUGAAUGUCAGUGAGAAUAAGAUAAAAGACUUUAAUGAAAUAUAUAAACUUGAUGGAUUGAAGAAGCUCAGAGAGAUAAAGAUGAGAGGCAAUGGUGUAUGUGCAAGACAGGGAUACAGGGAGUUCCUGAUAUUUAAACUGUCUUCCUUAGAAGUACUUGAUUCUGUUCCUGUUAAUUUCCAAGAGAGAGUAGCUUCAAGAAUGCUUUGGGAACCAGAUGUAUUUACAAGAAAAACUCAUUUACGUGCUAAAUUAGAACUAUGGAAUCAGUUAGCGACACAAACAGUAGAUAUAACCACGACUCCGUAUAAUGACCCGCCAAUUUCCUUGGUUGCUUUGGUUGGAACAUUUGGAAGCAACAAAAAAGAUAUUGCAAAGAGUUUAGAAAUGAAAUUUCCAGACCAGGUUGGUAUGAUGUAA